UUGGGUGUGUGCGUUUGUCUGUAUUAGAGAAGGGGUAGGGGAUGGGGGACCUAUGCACUUACAUACCUACUAACAUACCGCUCGAACCUCGAAAAUAAAAAAAAUCCACCUUCUGAAUCGACGAACCGUGAAAGCUGGUGGUGGCCGAUCGGUUACCCUGCAAACGGUUCUCGCCCAUAUAGAAGUGAGUCGCCAAGGAGUCGACAGUUUCAGACUCAGGACAGACGUUUCCCUCGAAGAAAUCGUAGAACACCGUUGAAGAACGUUCGACGUUCAUCAUGAACUUCCUUACAAUUUUGCUCGUAAUAUCUCCUAUUUACGUCACUGGCGAUGUACUCGGUGAUCUGUUAGGAGAAGAAUUGUACCUAGUUGAUAAUAUCCGAGCGAAGAGACAGACUCAUGCACAGCAACAACAGAUCAGUUACAGGCCUUAUUCUCAAGCACCAGCACAGAUCAAACAAUUAUUGGCUUCUCAACAAACCCGUGACCCAUUGGUACAUAUACCCGCUCAACCAGCACCACGAUUGUCAAACGGACCAAGACCAGAACCAGUUUAUCAGAGUCAGGCUCAAGUUGCUUCCUAUAGGCCAGAGGUUCGACUAGGUUCAGCACCUCAGCAACCAACUUACAAACAAAUCCCAGUAGCUCCAGCUCAGUACAGACCACCGGCAGGUGCUGCUCAAGCUCAGGGUCGUCAAUAUACACCACAAUAUCAAAGUCCUGCUCCUCGGGCUGGUUAUCAACCACAGGCACAGGCACAACCACAAUACUCGAAACAAUUGCCCUCGGAACUUCGACAAUUAUUACAAAUCCAAGCUGGCUUGCCUAAUGCCAUUCCGCAUGGUCGACAAGGUUGAUUUAAUCUUUCCUUGAACGAUCUUUUUAUCUAAAGUUUAUCUAU